CUAAACUACUUAAUGCGCCAUCUCAGGGAACCCCGGGGGCGUGGCCUCCGCCAGCUGCCCAGCCCCUCCCUCCUGAAAAGCGAGGGAGGCGGUACGGGAUGGGUGGGGCUAUCCGGUCUUCCUCCGAGAUGGCGUUCAGAACUGGUCUAAAGGGGUCUCAGAGAUCAAUGGUGACCACUUCGAAGCACGGACCCUCGCAGAGAUGAGGGAAGUGGUCCUGCCUGUCCCGCCACCGUCCUCCCUAGAGACGAAGCCCUGCCCCUGACGAGUCAAAAUCCUUUAAAUGGUCCCGGGCGCUGGGGAAUUGCGGGCAAGUCGGGCGGUGCCUGGCGUCCGGCGAUGGCUCCGCCCAGCCAAUCGGCGCCCCUCAGCGGGCAAGACUCCAGCCAAUCGCGGCUUGCGGCUCGGCUCGGGGGCGGAGCUGAGUGGCCUUAGGCCAGAUCGAGAGGCCCCGGGAAGGAGGUGAGCGAGGUCUCUACUCUGUACUGGUGGGUCGCAGUGCCGCAGACAUUCCAGAAGGUGGUCAUUGCGAACCUGGCAGUUGAGGGCAUCAUGGUGGGAGGGGUGAAGAGGAAACACUCAGAUUUGGAAGAGGAGGAGGAGACUGAGAAGUGGGACUGGAGUCCAGCUGGCCUUCAGAGCUCCCAGCAAGCCCUGCUGCGCAUCUCCUUAGACAAAGUCCAGCGCAGCCUGGGCCCCCGAUCCCCCAGCCUCCUCAGGCACGUCCUCAUCCACAACACCCUGCAACAGCUUCAGGCUGCCAUUCGCCUGGCUCCAGCACCUGCCCUGCCCCCAGAGCCUCUCUUUCUGGGCGAGGAGGAUUUCUCGCUGUCCACCACCAUCGGUUCUAUCCUUAGGGAGCUAGAGACCUCCGUGGAUGAGACAGAACCACCCCAGAAUCCAGUGGCUGCCCCAGGCUUCCAGAAUGAAGUACUGCCCCAACCUGAUCCAGUCUUCUUAGAAGCUCUGAGCUCUCGGUACCUGGGAGACUCUGGCCUGGAUGACUUCUUUAUGGACAUUGACACAUCUGUAGUGGAAAAGGAGCCUGCACUGGCCUCCCCGGAGCCACCACACAGCCUCUUCUGUGCCCCGGGGUCCUGGGAGUGGAAUGAACUGGAUCACAUUAUGGAAAUCAUUCUGGGGUCCUAAAAGUGGGAUCAGGGAUCCCUCCUGGAGUCAGCCUCAGCAGACCUAAUCCCUGGAUGGGACUGGUUGUGUGUGUGUGUGUGUGUGUGUGUGUGUGUGUGUCUGUCUGUCUGUCUGUCUUGGUGGGGGCUCUCAACAAUGACUGGCCUCCUUCCAUCCCAUUUCAGGGUUCCACGAACUCUUGCAUGUGUGUCUGUCUGGUUACCACAGCCUUCUGUGAAGGUGGAUGCUCCUGAAUUAAUUUAUCUCCAGAUGCCUUAUUGAGACUCUGUUACUGGGAGUCUGAUUCUCUACGUCUACGUUUCUUCUGCCUUCAGUUCCCACUCCCCUAGUGACCACAGGGGCCUCAGGGAAGAUCAAGCUGGGCCUGUCAAAGGGUGACAGCUGUGUGAUACCAGGCUGCUCUGGAAACCCAUGUUCUGCCUAUUUAGGGAGGAGGAGGGGCUGGUCUCUUCCUCCCCCACCGGCUGAACCCCACUUCCUCGGCAGGGCCCCAGUCCCAACAGCCUCCUGAUUCAUAACCAGGCCGGACCACGUGCAAUAAGGGUGGAAACCAAACUGCUUCAUGCCGAAUUAUUUAAAUGAAAGGCAGGGUUU